AUUCUAAUUAGCGCACAUCAGCUAGACAACCACACCCUCUCCACACUGAGACUAGUUGACAUGCGCAGGAGGCACUACACGUGUCCCUUUCUCUCUGACCAGCCAAGAUGAGGGCUCAAGGAGCUCUGAAGGAGUACAAGGUGAUAGGGCGGAGAGUGCCUACUGAAAAGAAUCUUGUGCCUGAUGUCUACCGAAUGACCAUUUUUGCUUCCGAUGCUGUGUCUGCUAAGUCUCGGUUCUGGUACUUUAUGAAGAAGCUGAAGAAAGUUAAAAAGACAACAGGAGAGAUUUGCUAUUGUGGUCGGGUACUGGAUAAGAGCCCAUCCAAGAUCAAGAAUGUAGGGAUAUGGCUUCGCUAUGAUUCAAGGAGUGGCACCCACAACAUGUACAGGGAGUAUCGUGAUAUGACCAUUGCUGGAGCAGUCACUCUUUGCUAUCGUGACAUGGCAGCUAGGCACAGAGCUAGAUCUUCUUCUAUUCAGAUCAUGAAGGUAGCUGUCAUCCCUGCCUCCAAGUGUAGGAGAGUGCAUGUGAAGCAUCUCCAUAACUCAAAGAUACGAUUCCCUUUGCCACAUCGCGUCAUGAAGUCUCACUUCAAGUCGACAUUUGUUGCCAAAAGACCGAACACUUUCUUUUAGAAUUUUAUUUGGUUGUUUGUAUAAUGAUAAAUUGGACUUGGCAAAAAAGUCAUGAGAAUUGAUAUAAACCAC